UAAUUUCACUGUAAUAUAAAUAAACUAACUAAUACAUUUUCCCCGGAGAAUCCCACUUAUAUCUUAACUUAAUCCUAUAUUUCGGGAAGAGCCUAACUUUUCUUGAUAAGCUUUUAGUGUUCUUUCUCAUUCAAGAGUUGUUUCUGAAAUUUUUGUUUUUGUUCCCGUUGUUGCUGAACACAUGAGAAACUAAGUACUCUGUUUCUUGGAGUCCAAAUUCACAAUUCUAUUAUCCUUCAGAAAAAUUGAAGAACUGCUAUCAAAAAUGUCAGAUUCAGAUAGGAACAACAACAACAACGAGAACAGGAAUUCAAUGUCAGCAUCAUCUGCACCGGAUCUUCAUAUCAACAUAAAGGCUGUUCCAUUUCAUCUUAACAAAGAAAUGUUAGCAAAGAGAUCGUCACAAGUGAGCUUAUUACUCGAGCGAAACGAGAUGGAUGAGCUGCGUUUGAUCCUACGAGAUUUAGAAGUCGACCCUGAAACCUUUGAGCUUGUUGCUAGAUUCUGUUAUGGCCUUGAAGUCAAGUUUACCUCUGAUAACAUCGUCUCUGUUCUCUGCAUAGCGUAUUACUUAGGGAUGAAUGAAGAACAAAGCUCUAAUAACUUGUUGGGAAAGGCAUCUGAGUUCUUAGAGCAACGAGUUUUCCCGUGCUGGAAUGAGACAGUAAAUGCUCUUCGUUCAGGGGACAAGAGUCUUGACAAGCUAGCUGAUGUUGGACUCGUCGAUCUCUUCUUUGAUUCUCUUAUCGAAAAGGCUUCAUACGAUCCAAGACUCCUCGGUGAAAUGAUCAAGAACAGGGAAGAGGAAAGUGAUGAUUAUAGACCUAACCCUAGGAGACGGUUGUUUGUUAAAGAUUGGAAAUCAGAAGAUUUGAUCACAGUUCCGCUUCGGUUAUAUGAACCUUUGAUGAUCCGAACAAUAAAAUCGCGCAGCAUUCCCGUGGAAUACAUCGUUUUAUCUGUCUGCAAAUACGCAAAGAAGUGGGUUUUUGAUGCGGAAGAAAGCCAACUAGGGCAAAGGAGAGAAGUAGUUGAAGCGGUUGAGCGGCUUUUGCCACAUCCCAGAGGGCUAAUCUCUUGCGAGUUCUUAUUCGAAUCGCUAAAACAUUCGAUCUGGUUAGAAGCUAGCUCCGAAUGUCGAAAAGGAUUCGAGAUCAGAAUCACCAAACAGCUCGACAUGGCUAGACCAACAGAUCUCAAGAUUCUGUCUCGAGGAUACAGAGAAAAAGCUGAGAGUUUCGAAGAUAUCACUCUCGUUAAAACCGUUGUCACGAGCUUUUACAGCUACUAUGCCAAUGAAGACUCCGAAGAUGUUUUACAUUUCAAGAAAGUAGCGAAACUGUUGGAAGAGUUUCUGUUCUUGGCUGCGAGUGAGACUUCUCUGAAGCUAGAAGCGUUUGUGGAGUUAGCGGAGAUCACAGUGGCUAGUUCGCAAGGCAUUUUGAGAUACGCGGAUGGGAUUUACAAAGCCAUUGAUGCUUUCUUGGAGAGCCAUAGAUACUUGACUGAAUCAGAGAAGAUGGAAGUUUGUAAAUUUCUUGAAUGUAAGAAACUCUCUCAAGAAGGAUGCGACCAAGCCGCGAAAAACCAGAGGCUUCCUAUUAGAAUCGUUAUUCAGGUUUUGGUUGCUUCUCAGCUUCAGAUACGUGAUACAGUGGCUAAAGAGAUCAAGGUUAUAGAAGAGAAAGUAGACGAAGAAGACGAAGAAGGAGAGAUUGGGGUUUCCAGCGAUGAAGAUGAGAUGGAGAAUAUGAGUAAUAAACUGUUAGGCCUUGAGAUUGAGAAUCAUGAAUGUGUUGUUCAUCGUUGGAAGAAGACGAAGAAGAAGAAGAGUAAUAAGCUAAGCGUGUGGAGACAGGUGAAGAGAAAAUUUGGUUGCUUGACUUCAUCUUCUUCUUCAGUUGAUGCUUGCACCUGUGAUGUCAAUAAGAAGAAGAAGAAGAUUCAUCAUCACUACAAAUAAAUUAACUAUUGAUUACAGUCCGUCCAGACUCAGAUCUUGUUCUUGUUUUUGCUCUGUUUGUUCGUGUUCUGUUUCUGACAUUGGA